ACCCGCCCGGCCCAGAAGCAUUUGAUUUCACAUCGUCCGCCAUUAACGCUGAAAAACCCUAAACCUCUUAGAAAAAUCUUCACUAUCUUCAACUCAUUCGAAUCAGGUGUUUUUGUAAUCAGUUGAAUGCUUUUAUUAUUGCUGCUAAUCGACGUGAUUUUUGUUGGGGGGUAUUGAAGAAUUGUGCAAUGUUGGAUGAAAGCAAGUUUGAUUUGCAAUUGAAGUUGUGGGCACUUCGAAUCCCUAGAGAGUGGUGUAAGGUUGCAACUAAAUUGCUUAAUGGACACAUGCUUGACAGACCGCGAAUCAAGCCCAUCACUGAAGACCCAAAUAGUGAAAAAACCCGUUAUGUGAUAUUAUCUGAAAAGGUACAAAAUCCCGACCUUUCAGAUAUUCCUACUCAGAAACUCAACGAAUUAGAGAAGUUAUGCAAGAUUGAAACAGUUCCUUACACGUUGACGCUUGGAUAUUCAUAUUGGGGUGCAGAUCAUGUGCUUAAGCAGGUUUUGCCACCUGGACUCGAGGUCCCGUCAUCUUUUGAAACAAUAGGUCACAUUGCGCAUUUGAAUAUACCUGAUGAACUUCUUCCAUACAAGGAUGUAAUUGCAAAAGUCAUAUAUGAUAAAAAUCAUCCCAGAAUUCAGACGGUUGUGAAUAAAGUCGGUUCCAUCGCAAACGAGUUUCGUGUACCGAAAUUUGAAAUAUUGGCGGGAAAACCCGAUAUGGCUACAGAGGUGAAGCAAUACGGCGCAACUUUCAAGCUGGAUUACGGUUUGGUCUAUUGGAAUUCACGACUGGAGCAUGAACACAUACGGUUGGUCAACAAGUUUGACCAAGGAGAUAUCAUAUGCGACAUGUUUGCAGGGAUCGGUCCGUUUGCUAUUCCGGCUGCACAAAAAGGAUGCUUUGUGUACGCUAAUGAUUUAAAUCCGGAUAGCGUUCGUUACUUGAAAAUUAACGCGGAUGUUAAUAAAGCUAACAACAAUAUCCGUGCUUAUAAUAUGGAUGCUAGAGUUUUCAUGUCUCGGUUGAUGACGGUGCCCGAUGGUGAAUCGGAAGUUGUUGAUUCGAGCUUAGUUUCAUCCGGGACGUGCAAUGUUCAAGAGAAUAUGAAAGCAAACACUGAAGAAAAGAAUUCUGAAAACGGAAGUUUGAAGUGCGUUGACGCUCAUGUGGCUGUCAAGACAAAAGGAAGCAAAAAUAAACGAAUAAAAACUUCUGUUUCGUUUACUAACAAAUCUUGGGAACACAUCGAUCACGUGAUCAUGAAUCUUCCUGCUUCUGCUCUACAGUUUCUUGAUGUAUUUAGAGGCCUUAUACAGAGGAAAUAUUGGAAAGGAUCUCUACCAUGGAUACAUUGCUACUGCUUCAUCCGAUCAAACGAGACGCAAGAUUCAGUGGUUUCGGAGGCAGAAUCACUCUUGAAUGCAAAGAUAAACGAGCCUGUAUUUCAUCGAGUUAGAGAUGUUGCUCCAAACAAGGCAAUGUAUUGCUUGACCUUUCGCUUGCCCGAAGAAGCAUGCAUCAAUGAAGAAAUCACCAAUUCUUAAUAAAUAUUAGCUUAAAAAAACUUUUGUAUGUUUCUUGAUUCUGAUAUUAUUAAUUUAGAAAAAUAUCAAGUGGCUUAAUGACAUCUCUUCCUUAAUCUCUUAA